AACGGUUGGGAAAGGGCUCAGAAUCGACGACUCCUCGUGGUCUGGUCAAAAGGAUCGGUUCGUUCGUUCGUGGCAUGCAGGUGGCCGAGGUUUCGCCUGGAGAUCGAGCGGGUGGUCCGCAAGUUCGAGAGGUGUGUGGGUCAGAUGAGACGACUCGCCGGGCCCGACCAGCGCCGGGGGAACUGCAGACGCAGUUGAGCCUGGAACGAGAAGCAAGUGGGAACCUCGCCGGUGAGGAGGACGUGUCCGAGCAGGGGCUGUUCCGUGAGAGAUCGGCUGAAAAGACUCAGUCGGGAGGCAAGCGCAACUUGCCGGAUGAGAAAGAGCGAGAGGGABUAGGUGCUCUGAAAAGGCAGAGAAAGGUAGGAGGGAGUGCUCGGACGCCAACAACACGAGAGGGCGGUUCUGUUGAGAAGAGGAAAAGGGUUGGAGGUAGGGAUGAAACGCCAAAAGACUUGUCGACACAGCGAAGAACCAGUGAGUCUUCCGGGAAAAGGGCGAAAUCAUCGAGGGGGAAGAAAGCAGACGAGGGCGACAGCGGGGAGGGGGAUGACGACGUGGAGAUUAACCUCAACGCCUUUAACCUCGACAAUGCGUUCUUCCUCGAGAUGCAGACAGGGGUGCAGAAGGACGUCGUGUUGCACAUCCAUYCCGAAAGAAUAUUAGCUAUUUCAGACUGGGAAGACGCGUACAACCACCGAUCCUUGGACGAGUUCCUCAUUGAUACCAUCGCGUCGGCUAUGAUCGACUGCUACGAACGUAAAGACAUGAGAUACAUGAAGCCCAUUUUUGUUUUUGCUCCAAUCAUCUCGCCUCCAGAGAACGGCGAGCCUGCUGUGCGCGUGCUGCCUGCUGACUUCGACAACUCACACCCGGAGAAAUACUGGUAUUAUCCUGUGUGUGGACAGCAUAACGCGAGGGUGGCGAUGAUGGUGAAAGACCAUCCCGUGUUUGAUUACUAGUAAUUUACUACAACUUCUGUAAAUGGCCGUUCAGACCGAUCUACUUCCUUGACGACGAGUUCGACGGCUACGCCCAUGUCAGC